AUGGUCUGGGACCGCGCACCUCAGCUGGUGCCCACCGAGCGCAGCGCGCGAAUGAGCGCGGACGAACAGCCCAGGUGGGAGUGCGACUGUGGCCAUCUCAACGUGUCCACGGUGUCGCACUGCAGCAAGUGCUCGGUGUUGAAGCGGGAGGAGCGUGAGCUUCGCCAGUCCGCGCGCUCCGAGCAGGGCCUGGGCCGAGGUGGCGGCUACUUUGAGCGAGAUACGUCCGGGCGGCGAGACAUGAAGGACCUGGGCCAGGCCAAGAACGGCCUGGACAUCUAUGGGCGCAGGCGCACAGAGGAGAAGAAGGGCAAAAAGGAAGAGAAGGAGACGAAAGCUGACCGCCAGAGCCGCGGCUGCAAAGCGUGA